ACCCGGAAGCAGACGCUAGUCGCGAGCUGUUUCCCGUUGGUGGCGUAAAGAUGGCUGACCAGGGCGCCGCAGAUCCUGCUAAUAACAACAAUAAAGAUGACUCCGCGGAGGGAACCAUCAUUAAAGUCACCGUUAAAACACCCAAGGACAAGGAGGAAAUCGCCAUCGCUGAAGAUUCGUCCGUCACUCAGUUCAAGGAGGAGAUCUCAAGGCGCUUCAAAGCCAAGCAGGACCAGUUAGUGUUGAUUUUUGCUGGCAAGAUCCUAAAGGACGGCGACAGCCUCAGCCAGCACGGCAUCAAGGACGGCCUGACGGUGCACCUGGUCAUCAAGACAGCACAGAAGGCCUCAGAUGGAGGCAGCACCUCGGCCUCAAGCUCCUUGCCCACGCCAGCAGGAAGCGCUGGCGCCCCUAACACGGGCACCGCAGCAGCCUCCACGGCAAGCUCGCCCCAGCCGCCUGCACAGACGCCAAACCUGCUGACGGGUUUCGGCGAACUCUCCAACCUGGCGGGCCUGGGCAUGGGGUCGGCCAACUUCAUGGAGCUCCAGCAGCAGAUGCAGCGCCAACUCAUGUCCAAUCCGGAGAUGCUCUCGCAGCUUAUGGAGAACCCGCUAGUGCAGAACAUGAUGUCCAACCCGGACCUGAUGCGACAGAUGAUAGUGUCCAACCCGCAGAUGCAGCAGCUGAUGGAGCGCAACCCAGAGAUCUCGCACAUGCUCAACAAUCCCGAGCUCAUGAGACAGACCAUGGAGCUCGCUCGCAACCCAGCCAUGAUGCAGGAAAUGAUGCGCAACCAGGACCGGGCUCUCAGCAACCUGGAAAGCAUCCCGGGUGGCUACAACGCCUUGCGCAGGAUGUACACCGACAUCCAGGAGCCCAUGUUCAGCGCCGCCAGAGAGCAGUUUGGCAACAACCCCUUCUCGGCCCUUGGCGGCGGCUCAGAGUCAGGCGUCCAGCCGUCGCGGACGGAAAACCGCGAGCCCCUGCCCAAUCCCUGGGGCCCGCCCAACGCCUCCAUCCCACCGGAGAACGGCAGCGGCUCGGCGGGAGGCACGGCCGCCCCCGCCGCCGGCACUAACCCCACCGUGUCCAACCCGUUGGGUGUCAACCCUGCCAGUCUUGGAAACGGAAUGUUCAACAGUCCGGGCAUGCAGAGCCUCCUGCAGCAGAUCUCGGAAAACCCUCAGCUCAUGCAGAACAUGCUCUCUGCUCCUUACAUGCGCAGCAUGAUGCAGUCGCUGUCCCAGAACCCAGAGCUGGCCUCCCAGGUGAUGAUGAAUAACCCCUUGUUUGCCGGAAACCCACAGCUGCAAGAACAGUUCCGGUCUCAGCUUCCUGUCUUCCUGCAGCAGAUGCAGAACCCCGAGGCGCUGUCAGUGAUGACCAACCCGCGUGCCAUGCAAGCGCUCAUGCAGAUCCAGCAGGGCCUGCAGACGCUGCAGACCGAAGCGCCUGGCCUCAUGCCUAGCUUGAUGGCAGGUGGCAUCCCCACCGAAGGCAGCGCGCCCGCCGAGAACCCCGCGUCCUCGCCCAGCAGUGCCGCAACGCCGCCAAACGUCACUCAGCAACAGCAGCAGCUCAUGCAACAGAUGCUCCAAAUGUUUGCCGGAGGAGGCACAGCGAACCAGACCCCCGAGGUGCGCUUCCAGUCGCAGCUGGACCAGCUGAACGCCAUGGGCUUUAUCAACCGCGAGGCCAAUCUGCAGGCCCUCAUCGCCACCGGAGGGGACAUCAAUGCUGCCAUCGAAAGACUCUUGGGCUCACAGCCCUCGUAAAGACACGCAUGCAGACACACACACACACACGCACGUAUAUACACCCAAGCACACAUAUGCACAUACAUACAAUACAUACAUACAUACAUACAAUAAAUAAAUACAUACAUACAUACAUAUAUACAUACAUACCAGUGCCCUGCAUAAACACGCACACACACACACCACAUCCACAGACUAAAAGUAUCGCAAAUCGCUCCCCAAACUUUACAAAGACACUUUGGGCAAGAUGUGACACCUUGAUUUUGCUCCAUUCCAACAUUUGGCAUCAUCCAUCCUCUGUUUUGUCCAUUUCUUGGCAAUUGUGGGACAGACGGCCUCUUGCUUGUUGAGCUCAAAGUGCGCGGCCUGACGCCAUGCGCCAGCAAACCAAGGUGAACGAAUAAAUGUUCCUGCGAUUUCCCGUUUUCUGUUCUUGAUCAAAGCAUGAUUGCGGCGUUCCAGGUGAUGCCCUCGACAUGUCGUUUGCCAUUCCAGGUUAACUGGGGGGUGGGGGGGUUGUGUGUCUGAGGCACUGCUGCUGUGCCUUUUGUGCCCCCCCCCCCCCCUUACAACGCAAGACACCCAAGUUUUGUGUGUAUUAAAUUUGCGCAUCCGCAUAUUACAGGAUUUUACAGACGCAAAGAGUUGGUGCAGCCGAUGCUGCCGCAAACGAUGAAACAAAAUGAGCUUUUCUUUCUUUGUAAUCUGAAAGUUCCUUUUUUUUGGGGGCACAUUUAAAUGAAUGAAUAAAAUCUGUUCAAUCAGUUGGAUUUACAAAACAAUUCUAGUAUGGGGGCCUGCCUGCCAUACGUUUUAAGAAAAAGACAAAUCUAGCCCUAGAUCUAUUUUGUGUUCUCUCCUUUGGAAACUCUCAGCAUCGUAGUUGUGGUAACCUUGGCAACUGCUUCUUCAGCUAUGCUUUGUUUGUUGACCUCGGCUGGAAACGGAGAAAAAUAAAUUCAUCUCCCAAUUGAACAUGUUGGAACUAACUUUUAACGGUACUGUACUAAAAAAAUUAAAAUGAAACAUGGUCAAACGUG